AUGGCAUCGCCGCCUCCCAUCGAAGUCGUCAGACCCAUUGACACGUCCCUUCAGCCGACUGAGUCCAACGCCAAUGACCUAACCACGCCACAUUCAACCACAGAUUCUUCCCGCCACUUUCACCAAGACAGCGGCACAGUGAAGAAGCUCUCGGCAAUCCAAGCAGUCCGCAAAUGGCCCUGGAUAUCAGCUUGGCAGCUCGCCCUCUCGUCAGGCAUCAUCCUCACUGGCUUUGACCUCAGCAUCGUUUCCAACGUGGCAUCCCUCCCGGCCUUCCAAGUCCAAUACGGAGCCCUCUACGGUGACAAGCACAUUCUGCCGGCACUCUGGCUCGGAGUAUGGAAUGCCUCGUAUCCGAUUGGCGCCGUUUUCGGUGCCCUCGCCGCAGGCCUGCUUCAAGAUGUCGUGGGACGUCGAGCCUCCGUCGCGGCCGCCAGUCUCCUCUCAGCCGCCUGUGUUGCUGGGGCUUUCUUUUCGGACCAGGCGGGCGUAGUUGAUGCACAGCGAGGCGUAUUUCUCGUCGCCAAAACGAUGCAGGGCUUCGCAACCGGCAUGAUGCUCUGCACCGUCGAGACGUGGCAAUCCGAGGUCCUACCGCCGGCGCUUCGCGGGCCCGGCAUAGCCCUUUACCCCAUCUUUACGCUGCUUGGUCAACUCGUCGGCGCCGUCGUUGUCCAGGCUGUUCUCGACGUCAAGUACAUGGUCAACUACCGGCUAGCCUUGGCAACACAGUGGCCAUUUACCGUGAUCCCACUAGUCGUGGCGGUUCUGAUGCCAGAGAGCCCGACUUGGCUUGUGCGGAUGGGUCGGCUGGAUGGUGCGCGCAAGAGUCUGACACGACUAGGGUCUACAAGGGACGAUAGCGACAUUGAUGCCGAGCUAGAUGGCUUGAAGAGCAUCAUCGAGCUCGAGCGCGAACAGAGCGAUAACAGAAAGGUGGGCUACAUCGAGUGCUUCAAAGGAACUGACAGCCGCCGGUCGUGGAUCAUACUAUUUGCGCGGGUCAUCCCAUCGCUCUUCGGCCUCCCGCUCUUCUCCACGGCCAGCUACUUCUUGCAAGUCCUCAACGUCCCACCACGCCUCAGUCUGCUCUUCACGCUCAUUGGCGUCGUCAUUGGAUUAUUCUCAAACUUUGCCAGCUUCUGGACACUCACCACAUUCGGCCGCCGACCACUCAUCAUAGUCUCCAUGGUUGGCGCGGCAGUCAUGUGGGGAUCGAUUGGUAUCGCGGGCUGUUUCCCGUCGACUCUAGCGGCCGUGCAGUGGUAUGUUAUUGUGGGCAUGAUGAUCACCAUCUCGGUUGUCGGGGUGGCGGCCUGGCCUGCCUCGCACGUCGUGGCCGUUGAGACGUCGUCGCUCCGGCUCCGUUCACGCAGCCAGGGCAUUGCCGGUGUAGCGUCCAACCUCGUGAUGGGCGUCGUGAGCAUCUUCCUCCCUUACAUUUACAACCAAGACCAGGGUAACGGCGGCGCGCGCGUCGGGUUUCUUUUUGCAUUCCUCUGCCUGCUCGGUGCCGUGCUGUCGUGGCUAUUUAUCCCCGAGAUGAAGGACCGCACCGUUGAGGCCGUAGACGCCAUGUUUGAGCUGCGGCUCCCUGCGAGGGCUUUUGCGAGCUGGCGGCGUGAAGGAGAUGAGGAGCCCGAGGAUCGGGAGAAGACCCCUGGCACUGAGGAGCGCGAAGCUCAAGUGACGGCUGAGAAAAUCUGA